GGCAAGUUCCUGGCUGCCUUGUUGCGUCCGCUCCUUUUCCUGUAUCAUGGGUCUCAAAGAAACUGUCGAGAAGCUUUUCGCUGAGUUGGACAAGGACAAAUCGGGCAAGAUUAGUUGUGCUGAGCUCAAAGCCGCACUACAGUCGUACUCGGCGGAACCUCUUGAUGACAGCCAUGUAAAGGCUUUCUUUGAUAAACUGGAUUCCAACAAGGACGGCGAAUUGUCCCUAGAUGAGUUAAUGGCUCUCUUCUGAAUUGGAAACUAAGCUGAUCCAGCUUAGCUUUAUUCUUUUUACCCUCUUUCUCGCUGUCUCCCUUAAUUCGCCGGUCUAUGUGCUUCGCUAAAUUUCAUUGUCAUAUCGAGAAAAGUCUUGCUUUGUCGUACUACUAUCAAUAAAUGCUGAGUUAUGAAUG